AUGGAAUCUCUAGUAUAUGUUUUUGCUCUCUCAGUUCUUUAUGUGACGGUUACGUCGUCACAUGUUUUUCAAGAUAAUAACAACAAUAAUAGACACCAAGAUAUUAACAACCAGAUAGUAAAAACUAUUGUGGUUGAUCAUUCUGGUAAAGGUAACUUCAAAACCAUACAAUCGGCUAUCAAUUCAAUUCCCUCCGGUAACAGCCAUUGGAUCAAGAUUUUUAUUAAAGAAGGAGUCUACAACGAGAAGGUAAUAAUUCCAAAGAAUAAGCCAAAGAUACAAAUGGAGGGAAAUAAAGCAUCGACAACGAUAAUUCAGUACAACGAUGGGGGAAAAGCCAGUCUGAGUACAACAGUCAGAGUGUCAGCUGAGUUCUUUGUUGCUAUCAAUAUAACAUUUAAGAAUACUUAUAAUCCGGAUAAGCCUAUGAUACCAUACCGUGAGAUCAAAGUAGCUCCAGCGGUUAUAUUAGCAGCAGAUAAGGCAGCAUUCUUCGGUUGCGAAUUUUUCAGUAUCCAAGACACGAUCGGUGACUUAGGCGGCCGACACUACUUCCAAAAAUGUCACAUCAAAGGAGGCAUUGAUUUCAUUUGGGGAGGAGGCCAAUCUAUAUACCAAAACUGCGUGAUUGACGUUUUGGGAGUGAUAUCAACAACAGCAAAGGAAGAAGAGGCAAACAAAGGAUUAAUGGCGGGAUUCAUAACCGCGCAAGGGAGGGAAACCGAGCAAGACACAAGCGGGUUUGUGUUCAAUGGAUGCUCGAUUACCGGAGUUGGUAAAGCAUUCCUUGGAAGAGCUUACCGAGGCUACUCGAGAGUUAUCUUUUACAAUACUAAUAUGGCGGAUGUUAUCGUCGCUCAAGGUUGGGAUUCUUGGUCAUAUCCACGACAAGUAGAUAAAUUGACGUAUGCGGAGGUAAAUUGCAAGGGACCGGGAGCAAAGAAGCAAGGAAGAGUGGCAUGGGAGAAGAAUCUGUCUGAUGUUUCUUACUUUACAAACGUUAGGACUUUUUUAGACAAAGAUGGUUGGAUGAAAACUCUUCCUCCUCAUCCAUUCUCCUUUGAUUCCCCAUCUUCUGAUUCUGAUGAAAAUUCAUUUGUUUGAACAAAACCCAUUUACUGAAUCAACAUUUAAGAUUCUCUUCGCAAAUUUAUCAUAAUAAAAACACAUAACUUGUCAAAA